AUGACUCCUGCAGACCGUCUGGAAUAUCUUGAUCUGCAUGGUCAGACAAAACACUAUUUUGAGAUCAAGCUCACCGCCGAAUUCGUUUUCGAAAAGCGUCCCAACAUGUUCUGCUGGUAUCCCACUACCAAGACUACCGUCCUUGCAUCUGAGCCCAUCGAGUGCCAGAUUGAGAAGACCAUGCUUGAGAAGAUCCACACGGACUUUUCCUGUUCAAUCGCGCAUCAAGUCUGUCGCCGUUGGUUCGACUGGAGGCCUGUAGAGCUUCCUCCGAAGCUGCUUCAAAGGCUAGAUGCAUUACAACGGGAAGAGCUUGAAUCCAAGCGCCAAACUCAAGACAUGGGCACCUCAUCUUACAUUUUCCCCAAUCCUUUGAGCUCUCCUGCGAUCCCUAAUGCCAGCAUACACGGAUUUUCAAUUGUCGAUCCUCGAUCCUCAGCCAUUAGUACACAGCCGGACGACGACUGGAGAUAUUCUCUUAGUUUAUAUUCCUCGCAUUCAUCGAGACACUUUUCGUCAACAUCUGAUCGUUCAUCGCUACACUCACUCUCCGACGAAGACACCGACGAGCUUUCAAAAACUGCUGAGCUUUUAGCAGAAGGUAUCACCAUUCGCACCAAUCGACAACUUAUCACACAGCCAUUGUCUGCGCGUCCUCUGAAGACUCAUAGACAACAUUCGGUCCCUCUUGCACGGCCACAGACUCCAACAAAGACUGAUAGACAAGGUCCAGCACCCAGUAUUGCAGGGCAACAGACACCAAGAAAGAGCCGAACUAUACGGGUGCAGACACCAAUGUCUACAUGCCCUUCGCAGCCUCUGCCGGUUGUUAUUGCACCACCUCCAAGCCCUCCUCCAUUCAUAAUUGCACCUUGCUCUCCUCGCUUGAAGCACACGGUCUCAUCGCGCUCAGCAUUGCACACUGUAGUGUCACCCUCUGCAGCACCUAUCAUUCAAAGCCCUCUUCCAAGCCCUCCUCCGUUCAUAAUCGCACCUUGCUCUCCUCACUUGAAACACAUGGUUUCAUCACCCUCAUCAGUGGCGCGCCCUCCUCCAAGCCCUCCUCCGUUCAUAAUCGCACCUUGCUCUCCUCGCUUGAAACACACGGUUUCAUCACCCUCAUCAGUGGCGCGUGCUGUGGCGUCGCCCGUCAAAUCAAACAUGCAUCAGCUUUACCACGGCAUCGCGCCAAAGGUCAAGGGUCGAAAAUGGGCCACAGAAUCCGAUCCAGACCUCAACGUCAAUUCGAGGGACUGA